AUGGCUUUCCAAACUGUUUUGCUGGCUGCUGCCGUCGUGGCAUAUCUGGUGGUCAAGUACCUUAAUCAAACAGACAUACCCAAGAUCAAGAACCUACCAGAAAUACCUGGAGUGCCCCUUUUUGGCAACCUAUUGCAGCUAGGGAACAGCCAUGCUCGAAGUUGCCAGAAGUUGGCCGCAAAGUACGGGCCGGUCUUCCAGACCAGAUUAGGAAACAGACGCUUCAUCUAUGUCAACACCUUUGAGGCCGUCAAGGACCUAUGGGUAGGCCAUCACCAGGCUCUCAUUUCUCGUCCGACGACAUGGACGUUUCAUUCCGUCGUCUCCACGUCACAAGGCCCUACGUUGGCGACGUCGCCAUGGAACGAGAGCACAAAGCGCGUUCGCAAGGCAGCUUCCACCGCGAUCAACCGGAAGUCCGUACAGACUUACCUUCCGUCUAUUGAUUUGGAGUGCACCAUUGGAAUUAAAGAAAUCCUCGAUGCCUCGAAAUCUGGCGACGUUGAUCCGAUUGGCUAUUUCCAACGGUUCUCUCUCAAUAUGAGUUUAAGAGUCAACUAUGGAUUUAGGCUUAAGGGCGCCGUAAAUGACGAGAAAAUCAGGGAAGUUGUCGACGUCGAGAGAGAGCUGGGCACACUACGGGGCGUGGCGCAUUGCUGGCAAGACUAUAUCCCCAUUAUGCGCCUAUGGCCCAGUUAUCGCAAGCACGCUAGUUCACUGCGCCAGAGACGGGACGACUACCUUCUCGAAUUUUACGAAGAAUUGGUUCGUCGUAUCGCAGAGGGCACCGACGUCCCUUCCAUCACCGGCAGUGUGAUCAAGGACCCCGAAGCAAAGCUGAGCGAAAACGAGCUCAAGACUGUCAGCCUGACCAUGGUCGCCGCUGGCCUCGACACUCUGCCUUCAAAUAUCAACAUGACGAUUGCGUACCUCUCAUGUCCUCAUGGCCAGGAGAUCCAGAAGAGAGCAUACGAGGAGUUGAUGAGAACCUAUCCUGACGGUGACGGCUGGCACGCUUGUCUCGAAAACGAAACUUGUGAGUAUUUGAUCGCUCUGGUGAAGGAGACCCUCCGGUUCUGGAGCACAAUCAAUCUCUCAAUUACCCGACAAAGUGUCAAAGAUAUCGAGUAUAAAGGGGUCACCUUCCCAGCAGGGACACCGUUCGUGAUGAACAACUAUGCAGCAAAUCAUGACUGGUCACAAUUCAAAGAUCCAGAUACCUACAAUCCUGAGCGCUACCUAGGUGUGCCCAACGUUGGGAUCCAGCAGAUGAGCUACGGGGCCGGCGCUCGCAUGUGCGAAGGUGCCCACCUUGCGAACCGAGAGUUGUAUGUCAUCUUUGCACGUUUGAUCUUGGGGUUCCACAUCCGAGAAACCAGCGAUAUCCAGAGCCGCCCUAACCUGGAUCCUAUCGACUGCAACUCUCUCAUGACGGGAAUGGUCACUCAACCGAAACCAUUCAAGGUGAAGUUCGUUCCACGAGACGAAUAUCAACUGCAGAAAUGGAUCACAGAGUCAAAAGACCGAACUGUAGCAUUUGAUAUCUGA